CACCUCAGCCACAUCGUGUUCAGGCUCGCACUCAGGCGAUCCUCGCGGCCACUCUACACAUCCUCGUCCUAACUGUCUGAGAUAUGGCCGCCGCAGCUGUCAUCAACGGAAACGCGUCGUCUGGCGAUUGGGAGGGCCGAUACUACCAUGUCGACCAGAUCCUCGAGAGGCCAGGACCGCGCACCGACCCCUCGUUCCUUGCAGGCGAUGAGGUGAAAGACUUUCUGCGGAACAAGUGCAAGAUUCUCGUGAUCGGUGCCGGUGGGCUCGGCUGCGAGAUCCUGGCCAAUCUCGCACUGUCCGGCUUCAAGGACAUCCAUGUGAUAGACAUGGACACAAUCGAUAUUAGCAACCUGAACCGCCAGUUCCUCUUCAGACAGAAAGACGUCGGUAACUCCAAGGCAAAUGUGGCUGCGGAGUUUAUCAUGAACCGCGUUCCCGGGGUCAAGGUCACGCCCUACUUCGGCAAGAUCCAGGACAAGGAUGAGGAUUACUACAUGCAGUUCAACCUGGUCAUCUGCGGACUGGAUUCCGUUGAGGCACGGCGGUGGAUCAACGCGACGCUCGUGAACAUGGUUGAUUCUGAAAACCCAGAGAGUCUGAAGCCGCUGAUCGACGGUGGUACCGAAGGUUUCAAGGGCCAAGCACGUGUAAUUCUACCCACCGUGACCUCAUGCUACGAAUGCUCCCUCGACAUGCUCAACAAGCCUACCGCGUUCCCCAUCUGCACCAUUGCUAACACGCCACGCCUUCCUGAACACUGCAUAGAAUGGGCUUCCGUACUAGAGUGGCCACGGGUACAUGGAGACAAGAAGAUGGACACCGACAACCCAGAACAUAUCCAAUGGCUGUACCAGAUCGCGCUUCACCGCGCCCAAGAAUUCAAGAUUGAGGGUGUGACAUAUUCAUUGACGCAAGGCGUCGUGAAGAACAUCAUUCCUGCUAUCGCCUCUACCAACGCAAUCAUCGCAGCGUCAUGCUGCAAUGAGGCCUUCAAGAUCGCGACCAGCUCGGCGGCGUAUUUGAACAACUACUUCAUGCUGAUUGGCACGGACGGUGUAUACUCGUACACCUUCGAGCACGAGAAGCGUGAUGACUGCCCUGUUUGUGGUGGCGAGUCUCUGGACAUCACGCUCAGCAAGGACUGGACCGUAGAGCGUCUCAUUGAAAUACUUGUAGAGAGGCAGGAUAUUCAGGUCAAGAAGCCGUCGUUGUCCGCACCCGGGAAGCAGAUCUACUUCCAGGCUCCUCCACAGCUGGAAGAAGCGACGCGUCCGAACCUGGAGAAGAAGGUAUCCGAGCUGGUUGCGGAUGGUGGGGAGAUCACGGUCACCGCUACGACUCUUCCGUUCAACCUCUCCUUGCGGGUCAAGUACACCUAGACAUCAUAGAUCGCGUUCGCAUGCUCGUUGCUGUUGUGUCACACUCUCGUGCUCUUGUGCAGUCGGAAUCAAUACAUUGUACUAUACUAUCC